ACUGCGGUCGCUCUGCAUCUGAAUCACGCUCUGCUGACCAUCCAAGAGGCGCUGUCUUUGCGAUAAAGUGUUCUCUAGAGUUUGACUGGACGCUGUUUCUGGAGGAGGCCUCAGAAAUAUGGUGUCUACUGGUUGAAGGGUUGAUUCAGCAAGCCUUGCUGAUUAUCUUUUAUGACAACGAUAUGUGCUAUUGAGCAUGAGAGCUCUAAAUUAGUUAUAUCUCUCCUUUUACCUUACAAAUCGAUAUAUAUAGGCAUCAAAUUGCCUUCUACAGUAAGCCAAGAUGCCAUCUGCGAACAAGGGAAAGGGGAAGGGUCGGGAGUCACGCCAGUCGCACAGUCGGAAUACUACACCAAGCUCCGGUCUAAGCGCUGGCCUGCCCUCAAGCGCUCCUGUUCCAAGCUAUCUCGAUAAUGACGUCUCCAAACUGCUCGUCCCGACGAGUAUACAAUACAAUGAUCUGCUGGAGGGGGUGGGUGGGGCUGGCUCGAUACCCGACUCGAAAUCGCUGGAGUCGUUGAUGGAACAUUUGAAUUCUCUCAGCAAGUGGGCAGAAGCGCGGGAAGAUGCGUGCAAUGCGUCUAUGCGCGAGCUGUCGCAAAGACGCAAGGAUGUGCUCGAAGAAGAACAAUUCGAAAGCGUGAGCGUGAAGAUGAAACGAGAGGUUGACGACGAGGAUGAGCCGAGCCGCGCGACUAAGGGUACGAAACUGAAGAAACGUAAGGACCGCGGAAGUCUCAAGGAGGACCGGCCACUGGCCCACGGAGCUCAUGAGGUCUCCCGCCAGGACGGAGCGGAGACCAAGGUCGAAGGUGCUGCGUCCCCUGCCUCAAAAAAGCUGAAGAAUAUUGCGUCCGAAAGCGCGUCAUCUCUCUCCCCCCCGUCAUUAGCCUCUCCACAACGAACUGGCCCAGGUGACGGCCCUGCCACAGCUGCAUCACCCAUGUCAGACGACAGUUCCGACUCCCACCAGCCUGAGCCAGCACCCAGUGUGCCCCAGGUUCAGGUUUUUGGGCCUAAUCCCCUCAAAUUUGACGACCCCACCAUCUAUCACAUUCGCGAUAUCACGCCUGACAUGAGUGAUGAUCAUAAACGUCAGAUCUACUCCGUUGCUCGCUUCCCACGAAGCGACUUGAAACAUAUGAUGGCCGGUGUUCUGCCUGACAAGGACUUUAGCAACGCUAAACCCACCAACCAGGUCAACGCUAACACGUUCCUAACCUACAUCGACCCUUUUGUUCGUCCAUUGAUGGAAGAGGAUAUUGCAUUUCUCAAAGAGAAGGGCGACCGCGCCACUCCUUUCAUCAUGCCACGACGAGGCAAAAAACACUACUUGGAGACCUGGGCCGAAGAAGAUGGGGCCUUGAGCAUCGACCUGGCCAAUUCAGAUCGUGAACGUCUUCCCUUGAACCAAGGCCGUGGAAACAUCGACCAGGUCACCGACGACACUGUAGAGACUGACAAAGUUUCCGUUGGUCCGUUGAUCAGCCGUCUGUACUCCUUGCUCCGCUAUGAACACCGUAAUUCUCCCGAGGAACCCUCUACCAACGGUGACGGCACGACCAACGGCUUCAUAAACGGCGGCGAUUCAAUGGAUAUUGACCACCCUCCCCCGACCGAGUCAGAAAACAAACCCCUUCCAUCCGCGACCUUGUUUUCGGACGCUUCUUUAAGCGAUUUCAAGGUGCCUGCUGUCAAGCUCGACCACGCCCAGCUGGACGAGCGUCUCAAGGCAGAACUGCGCCAUGUUGGAUUCCUGGGACCCGACGAGAACCCCGACUACGACGCACACUACGACGACGACAUUGCGCAGCGCCUGCGCCUCCUGCAGAGCGAAUUGAAGAAACAGAUGAUCACCAACAGCGCACGCAAGGUCCGCCUCCUAGACAUUGCGCGCGAGCGCAUGGCCCACCAGGAAUUCACAACCAUCCACGACGACCUCGACUCUCAGGUUCAGCAGGCCUACCUGAAGCGCACGCGUACCCUAGGAAAGAGCAAGAAGGGCUCCCAGGCCAAGCACCGACCCGGGGGCGCCGGGGGCGGCAGCCACGUCGUCAGCGCCGCGGGGCUUAGCCGCCCGGCGAUCGGCGACGUCGCACGAACUCUGAUGGACCGUCGCAAGCGCUGGCGCGACUGCAUCGGACCCAUAUUCAAGGACUCCAAGACCAGCGUCCCCAGCACCGGGGAAACCGUCUUCGACCCCGUCGUCAUGGCGGAAUAUGAAAAGGUCGAGCUGGAGGGCUGGGACGAGGAGCAAGAAUGA